AUGGCCGCCAUAUUCCGCUCCUUCGGGAGCUCCAACAUGUCCAAGCGGCUGUUGCGAUACGCCCUCUCGCGGCUCGAGUUCCUCGACACCGAUGACCUGGACAUGGACAAGCUGGACCUGGCAUGGGGCAAGAAUAACGUGCUUACCUUCCAGGACGUCGGCAUCAAGCUGCAGAAACUAGAACGCCUUCUACAGCUGCCGCCGUCGUUCAAGUUACAAAAAGCAAAGGUCCUCAAGCUGCGCGUUUCGAUUCCCUCCGCCAUUUAUUCGAGCCCUAUAGUAGUUGAGGUCGACGGCGUUCAAGUCAAGUUGAAAGUCUCAGAGGAAUCAGGGAAGGACGACCGAAGACAACCACCUGCCCGCAAGCCUACAAGCGGGGACCAAGAAGAAGAGCUUGUGCCCCAUGCCAUCAACCUGGCCCAGUCGUUCCUGGAUGCCCAGCCAUCGACAGAGAAGGCCGAGUUGCAAGCUGCGCUAGAAGCCGAGACCCAGGAUCUCGCCGCCUCUGUUGCUAGCAGUAGCGAAGACGGCAGCGAUGAGGAUAUAUCCGUGGGGACUGGUCAAGCCUUGUCUCUCCCCGUGUUUCUGGCCGACUUUCUCCAAGGAAUCGUCGAUAGGACUCAGGUUUCCAUCCGAGGCAUAGCUUUCGAGUUGGACGUCGAGGUCCCCGUCGAAGUUCACUCGACAACACCCGAGCUUGUUACCUUCCAACUCGCAAUCGAUGAUAUCAAUAUCGAGGGCGUGACUACACACGUGCAGUCCGUUGAGGCAGGAGAACACGCCGCAGUUGUGUACAAGGAUGGCAAACGGCAUAUUUCCCUGAACAGCAUACGGGCGUCACUGAUUUCCGAGGCCAACGUCUUUUCGAGUCUUGCGCGUACCCCGUCGAUGCCAUCGUCCGCCGCCGCCAGCUCGCCGAUUUUGACGGGGAGAUCACCCCCUUUGCGAGAGGACGACCCGCUGGUGCAAAGUAUCUAUGAACCCAUGGGCGACUCGACCGACCUUGCUCAGAGCCAGUAUUUCCCAAUGAUGGACAGUGAGGAUGCCUUUGACAUACCCUACGAGGAGCUGGGAAGCUCAGGGGGAAGCCAACUGGUGGAUGAUGACUCGAGAUCUGCUCCGUCAACACCCCGCGCACUGGCACCUAAAGAUCCAAUCGAUGUCCCGCAUCACCCGGCCCAGUCGACAACAACACCCCUAUCAGAUCCUUGGUCAUCGUUUGAGCGGCAUGCUCACUCUGAGCCCGCACUAGAACAACGCAGGACAUGGGGUCAAGACUCCGGCGAGGUCGAUCAAGAUGAGGUCGAUGCACCAGUACACGACUCAGGGAGUGAAAGGUCGACACCACAGCCAGAGGAAGAUCUUGCUCGGUCACAGGUGUUCAGUCAUGCGGAUGCCGAGAGUAUGUAUAUGAGUGCUUUCUCAAAUACCGAAAUCUCUCAGAUCAGACAGGCCAUGCCAGGAGCUUGGGACUCCGAGCCUUCAAGUGCUGAAAACUCGCCAGACGGGAAGCGGCAAGCUCUUGCAAGUUCAAGGACACAGGGCACAGCGGCCUUUGUUCCAGAGAACUCCUCUGGGAAUGAUACUCCGGAGUUUCAACCUCGUCCAUCAAGUCCUAUACCUGUCGUUGAAAGCAGUAUCGACAAUAAACCCGAAUAUGACCCCUCCGAUCCAGAAGACAAUGGUAACAAUCAGGAGACAGAAGACUUGCCAGCAGAGGGGGUGGCCACACCACGUGGACCAACACGGCUAGUCAAGGAGAUACUCUCGCUCGCUUCCAUUUCGAUAUACGUACCCUCAACCCACAAGCAUGUGCCUGUGUCUGUUGACGAAAGCUCGACACAGAUGACGGCUUACCGCGGAUUGGAGCGCUCUGUAGCCCCAAAUAUUCCUGGGUCUUUUUCGGUAUAUGAGGGUGCUCAAUCAACCUCGUUCCAUACGACUUCGUCGCCGCGUCCUGAGCCAUCGCCCCCGCCGACACAAGCAAAUGAAACACCUGUAGAUAAUACUAUUGAGAUCAAACUUGCACCUUUAGAUGUGCGUUUCGACGCCUCAAUAAGUUUUCUUCUCGUCAUGGUCGUCUCACGCAUCCUUGCUAUUCUGAAAGAACAGGGCGACAAGACGGUUCAGAAGCCUCCAUCAGGGAUACAGAACGCUUCAUCUACAUCUGAUAUCAAGAUAUCGGCUGAAAUGAUAUCUAUUCAUUUCCUUGAAACAUUGGCAGCGAUUGCAGAUACCCCAGAGCGGAUUCUAGAUCCUAGCUCGGGAGCGUUUGGCAGCGACGCUCUGCUCAGCACAACUCUUCGAAACCUCACCAUUGGCUCGACAAGGAACGGCUCUUCCAGCGUGACGUCUAUCGACCUGGAGGAGUUCAAGUUUGGUUACGCAAAUGACGAUAUAAUCUCAUUCGACCAGCGACUGCAAAUGCGCGCUUCUGUCCGUGACGCGUUCCCAUCCCCAGGUGCUGAUGUGUCACUGAAAAUCACUCAAUCACCGGAAGCGACACGGUGUGAGAUUAAGACUCUUCCAUUACAUCUGAAACUAGAUCUCCAGAGACUAGAUGAGACGUUCAGUUGGUUUGGGGGCUUGAGCAGCUUCCUCAACAUGGGCUCUUCCAUGACUUCUAGUGCUUCGCCCACUUCAAGAAGCCCGACAAGGUCGACGAAGAAACCCCGCGGGGUUCGAUUUGAAGCGCCCAUACGCACUGACGACAAAUCAGCAGCGUCCGAGAAUAAGGUCAACAUGAGGUUAGGUGGGUUUCAUCUAGAGCUACUCGGGAGAGACUGCAGUAUUGGUAUCGAUACCAGUGCUGUCAAGCUAGUCACUCGUGAUGAAGGCAUAGGAAUUGGGAUCACAAAGAUUCAGGUUGCUGGACCAUUCCUGAAGAAUGCUAUGGGAGGCCCUCCGAUAAGUGCAACCGUCAUGAACACUCGCGUUGAGUAUCUGUUUACGCCGAGGGAUGCCGAUCUCGAACGACUGCUUGAACUUAUUAUUCCCUCGAAGAACAAAUUCGAUGAAGAUAAUGACGAGAUCAUGGUGGACACACUGCUCCGACAAAGACGGAAAGGUGCGGUUGUGCGUUUGAAUGUCGACAGCGUCGAAGUCAGCAUCACGAAGAUCCAGCAGCUCGACUGUCUCCCAGCAUUGGGAGAAGAACUUGCCCGACUGGGCACAGUGGCUAAAUACUUGCCGGAAGACGAUAAGCCGGGUAUCCUGACCCUAGCCAUGGCCCGCAGCAUCGACCUCAACAUCGAGGUAGAGAGGCGCUUCGGAAGUGUUCAAAUUUCCCUGAAAGAUUUGGAGGCGGGCCACAUCACAUUCCCUUCGCUCAUUGCUCUUGCGACUGCGUCGGUCUCUGUCCGGCGCAAUCACACGGAAGAGCUGAUUGGGUCUUCACUGGGAGCCCCAAAGAACCAAGGGCCGGUGUUGAUGAUGAGAAUGAUUCCGGAAGCCAUGGAGCCUGUUGUCAAGCUUCGAAUACGUCACCUGAAUGUCGAGUAUCGAGUGCCGACUAUCAUGGACAUACUUGAUCUUGCUGAAGAUGCGACUCCACAGGACUUCGAAGCACAACUCGCAGCCUCAGUGGCUAACCUCGGCGAACAAGCCCACACGGCCAUUACGGGGCGACCACCAAGCAAAGAGUCCGAAAAGGGUAAAUCCAACUCUGGCAAAGCAACCAAGGUCGAUCUGGUGUGUCGAGAUUGUCUGAUUGGGCUUAAUCCUCAUAAACUGGAGUCCAAAUUGGUCGUCGCUUUGACGGACGCAAAGCUGCAAGUUUCGCUGUCCAAGGGCGAUGAGGCUAAGGCGUCCGUACAUCUAAAUAAGGGAUCAAUACUCUUGACCGACAACGUCAAACUGUCAGAGUCAUCAUCCGCGCCUGCUUUCGUGUCCCGGAGGCGUGCCUCGAAUGCGAGCUCGCAGCAAGUGGUGGAAUUAUGCUCUAGGGGUUUCGUUGACAUAUGCUACAUUUCUUCAGCCAAGGCAACCGUCUUGGUAGGCGCAAAUGAUGACGGCUCGAAAUUCAUCGACGUUGAAGUACGGGACGAUCUCCUUGUUAUGGAGACAUGUGCAGACUCGACACAAACCUUGAUAGCAGUUGCGAACGCGCUGGCACCUCCGACACCCCCAAACAAAGUUGCCAAGUACAGGACUGAGGUUGUGCCGGUUCAGGACCUUCUGGCAUCGAUCACCGCGGAUGCUUUUGGGACUGCUGAGGGCACGUUCGAUUUUGACGAUGACUUUGGCUUGGCCCAAGACCUGGCCGGUUCAGACUUGGAUGGCGUCCAUCUCGAUGAUUCAAGUCAGUCAAGCCCUUUGGAUGUGCAUUCUCAAUUCUACGACGAUGAUGAUCUAGGGGAUGGCUCGAUUGGUCCGUCGGAUUCGAUUAUGUCGGCCCAGACAACAGCGCAAGACACGAGCGAUGGCGUUCUUCUCACCAAUUUCAGUAGCCAACCUUCAAUGAUUGAUGACGACGAAGACCUUGUCAUCCAUGAGAACUACUUCGGUACUCAGUCCGUGAUACAGGGCUAUGCGCCAAAGUGGAACUCUGCAAAGAACGAAUAUGACCAACCAGAGGGAGCGAAGACCCAAAGAUAUCCCGUUACAGUGCGUGUCCGCGAUGUGCACUUCAUUUGGAACCUGUUUGAUGGCUACGAUUGGACACAUACACGUGAGGUCAUAACGAAGGCUGUCGAAGAAGUCGAAGCAAAGGCACUAGAACGACGAGGCCGUCAUGAUAACAUGCGCGUCACUGCGGACAUGGAGGCAAUGAUCGACGAAGAAGAGACGGUCAUUGGCGACUUCUUGUUUAACUCCAUCUAUAUCGGAGUGCCAGCAAAUCGAGACCCCCGAGAGCUGACACGAAAUAUCAACGAGGCGCUGAACGACAAUGCUACGGAAACGGAGUCAGUAGCAACCACUACCAUGACUGCGACGCCCAGCCGUGUCGGGAGCAAGCAUGCGAGAAAGAGAUUGAGACUAGACCGGAGCAAACGACACAAGAUCACCUUUGAGCUAAAGGGGAUCAACGUCGACAUGGUGAAUUUCCCGGAGAACGCAGGGGAGACCCAAAGUUCGAUCGAUGUUCGAGUCAAGGACCUUGAUGUAUUUGACCACGUCCCAACUUCGACCUGGAAGAAGUUUGCAACCUACGACCAAGAUGCAGGUGAACGAGAGAUGGGUACAAGCAUGGCCCAUAUCGAGCUUUUGAAGGUCAAGCCUGUUCAAGAUCUGUCAGCUGUCGAGCUUGUCCUCAAGGCUACAGUCCUACCGCUGAGGCUACAUGUCGAUCAAGACGCUCUCGACUUCAUCACGCGCUUCUUCGAAUUCAAAGAUGCCAACGCGCCCACACAUGUGUCCGAGGCUGAUGUACCGUUCCUUCAGCGAGCCGAGGUCAACUCCAUCCCUGUGAAGCUUGACUUCAAGCCAAAACGAGUCGACUAUGCCGGGCUUAGAUCAGGGCACACUACCGAGUUCAUGAACUUUCUGAUUCUCGACGAGGCCCGCAUGGUUCUGCGGCAUACCAUUGUAUAUGGUGUCACCGGUUUCGAUCGACUUGGGAUGAUGCUGAAUGAUAUCUGGAUGCCAGAGAUCAAGCGCAACCAGCUUCCGGGUAUUCUUGCAGGCCUUGCACCAGUCCGCUCACUUGUCAAUGUUGGAAGCGGUUUCAAGGAUCUGAUCGAGAUACCUAUCAAGGAAUAUAAGAAGGACGGCAAAAUUGUCCGUAGUCUAGGCAAGGGUGCCGCGGCGUUUGCGAAGACUACAGGUACCGAAAUCGUCAAACUUGGCGCUAAGAUGGCUGUGGGCACUCAAUACGUCCUCCAGGGUGCCGAGGGUCUGUUAGUCAAGCCGCCUGGCCGCACAGAGAGUGGCUGGGAGGACGAAGAGGUGGACAAUGAGAGUACCAAACAGAUCAGUCUGUAUGCCGAUCAACCCACUGGUGUGGUGCAGGGCAUCAGGGGUGCAUACUCCAGCCUGGCUCGCGAUCUCAAUGUAGCCAGAGAUGCCAUCAUAGCGGUUCCUGGCGAAGUCAUGGAUAGCCAGAGCGCCCAGGGAGCGGCCAAGGCCGUCCUGAAGCGUGCGCCGACCAUCAUCUUCAGACCCUUGAUCGGAUCGAGUAAAGCGAUCGGGCAGACCCUUAUCGGCGCCACGAACUCGCUAGAUCCACACAAUAGGAGACGCGCUGACGAGAAAUACAAGAGACACUGA